UUAAAUCUCUUUACUGCUCGAAUCACUCGUUAAAACGUACCGUUUCAAGGGAAGCAGUGUUUCAGUGGUUAGGUUUCUCUGUGCCAAGCUGCACCCUCUACACAGCUAUUUCUAGUUGUAAUGCUGCCCUGACGUCGCCUUUCUAUUCCAAUUCUAUCUCUUCACUUUCACUCGCAUCAAUUUCCAACCAUGACGGACUUCAAACAAGAACAAGAUAUGGAGAUUGAAGCAUUAGAAGCUAUACUUAUGGAUGAAUUCAAAGAAAUACACCCUGGUGAAAGUGGCUUAAAUACUUCCAGUAGGUGCUUCCAAAUAAAGGUUGUUGCGCAGGACGACGAUACUGAUGGGCCAAUAACUAAUCCAGCUCAACUGGCUUUGAUAUUUUCACACACAGAAAGAUAUCCCGAUGAACCUCCCCUUUUAAAUUUGAAAAGUUUGCAAGGAAUACAUAUUGAAGAUCUAAGGAUUUUGAAAGAAAAACUUCUACAAGAGGCUUCUGAAAAUCUUGGUAUGGCUAUGAUAUACACACUUGUUACCUCAGCUAAAGAGUGGCUGUCUGACCGGUUCUGUCAAGACUCUGUUGAUGGGAGUACUGAAGUAGAAGAGGCAGCCAAAGAUGAUAUAGUGAUACCCCACGGAGAACCAGUUACUGUUGAAACAUUUUUGGCAUGGAGAGAAAGGUUUGAAGCGGAACUAGCAUUGGAACGAGCCAAGCUAAUGCCCGAAUCUGUGCUCACAGCGCCUAAGGAAAAGAAGCUCAGUGGUAGACAAUGGUUUGAAAGUGGAAGAGCGAAAGGUGUGGCUGCUGUCAAUGAGGAAUCUGAUCUGGAGGACGAGGAAGAUAUUGACUUUGAUGAAGAUGAUUUUGAAGAUGAUGACGAGGAGGAUAUGCUUGAGCAUUAUCUGGCAGAAAAAUCUGAUUCAUCCGCACAUUCUUCCAGGAGAGCUAGUUAAAUUGAAUAUGCUGCUGCAUAUCCGGCAGAGUUUUACAGUUUGCAUAUCUGGCAGAGUUUUACAUGUUGCCUCUCACUCUGAGGGAGAGGGAGUUUCUGCCAUCUUUCUAGAAGUGGGGGUGAUUUGGUUUAUGAUAUUAUCAGGUACAAUGCAAAAGUGUUUGAUGUGUGAUAUUCUAUUUCACAUGAGCACCGUUUGAUAUAAAAGAAAUAUUUUUUGUUUGUAGUCAUCAUCCUUGAAUUGUAAUGAAAUCAGUGUCUUAUGGAUAAACAGCUUUAUAACUCAUUUUGAAGUAGAAGAAAUAAGAUAAAUUUUGUUUCAAUGGUUA